AUGGCGAUUGCAGUGGGUUUGAGUCCUAGGCUCGUAAGUUAUGGGUUUAGCCCUAAUCCAAAGAUCUUAUAUGGAAGAAUUGAUUCCAUUGCUUCACCACUAGCUGGACGACUCCGUCCUAUCCGAGCCGUGCAAGAUGGCACAGGCCCUCGAAGAUUAGUAGACAUUAUUCGCACUAUACCUGAUUUGUCAAGAAACUAUUUCGAGAAACCUUCUCGAAGGGCACUCUUUGGAGGAAUCGCCUUAUUAGGUGGAUUUUAUGUUGCACAAACAAUUUCUUUGUCCUUUGGAGCUUUGGGUGUUAAUGAUGUUAUUGCUGCAGUAUUAUGUGUGAUCCUCACAGAAUAUGCAACCAAAUUCUAUUAUAGUCGAUCCAAGGUAACAUUUCCAAUUGCCCUUCUCAACAAUUUUAAGAUGGGAUUCACAUAUGGUCUAUUUAUCGAUACUUUCAAACCCGCUAGUUGA